CUUAAGGACACUAGAGACCCGGACAUUGUAGGACCUCGCGGCACUAUUCGGGGCCGACUGGAUGGUGUCUUGGAUAAAAUGAAGCGCAAUGUCGAGGAUUGCGGGAAUGCCACUACAAGUCGAAAUUCGUCGUUCCUCGUGAUUAGCGGGAACUUUUCCCAGUGUAUACAGGAACUUCGGGAUGCCUUGGCCAUUAGGACGGCGUUGGGAAAAUUUCACGGUGCAAUGGCUCAAUAUUUUGAAACCGAACGCGAAAAGAGAUUUGCGAAAGAAGUGAUCAUGCGCGGUGGAAUGGAUCCAGGUUUCGAAAGCGAAGACAGGUUAACGGAGCUAGUGAAAUUCGCCAAGCAUCAGGAAGCACAGAUUCAAGCACGCUCUGAUGCCCCAUCCAAAGAUGUCAGCAAGCCUGCUUCACAAACCCCAUCGGCGCACGGAUCGGUUGCGGAGCAGUACCGCCUUCGUGCCUCGCUGCUUCACGAAUUGCGCACUCCUGUAGCCAGCUCACUCGACGAGACUCGUACGCUCUUCAUGUUCAAGCUCGAUAAACAGACAGCCGAGAUCAAAGAUGCCAUCAAGGAUUCUGAAACGCGCAUUAUGUCGGCUCUCGGCGCCAAAUUUAAACGGGUCAAGGGUCCACAUCUCCAAUUUAUCUGGAAAGAAAUGAUACUAUACUUCAUCGCAGAACUCCAUGAUUAUUUCACGCAACGUUUCUCCAACCUGCAUAAUGAUGCUCCACGCCCAAAAGUGACAUCAAGUACACCCCACACUCAGUCUCCUCCAUGGUGCUUGAAAUAUCUGUCAGUUUUCUACAUUUUGAGUUUAUCCGAAGUCUUCGACGAGGACGCAAAUGGCUUGAUCAGCGUAAGGGAAGUUAAUGCCUUUACUUCCGCGAUACUUCCGGGCUUGAUUGUACCUCAAGCACUUGCAUACUGGGCUGCAGGUUGGAGAGUGGAUAGCCAACAUUACCACACACGAAUUGAACAAGUCUUGCACAGCAUGGUUCAUGCGCAAGCAGACGUACUGCCGGUAAACGGGAGGUGUAUCGCCUUGUACUUGGAUUCAGAUGCUAUCCAGGGCAUCAAACGGCUCGUGCGCUCUCUUGCAGAGCUUGGGCCAGAGGACUCAGACUUAGAUCUCACGCGAUUGUCUGAUAGAUAUCGCAACGUUCAGGAGAAGGACUUGGUGAAAAGACUUGACACUGUAAAGUAUGAAAUCGACUCCAAAGAUUCCUUCAAACUUUUCGGAUCUGAUCGCAUCGAAAAUUUCUUGCUGCCAGUGCUUUACCUCGUUACGAGGAGGCAUCUACAAAUCAUGAAACUCGCCAGGACAGUAAUUCUUGUGGAUAGAGAAUUUGAAUGUGCAACUCAAACGAUAUCUGAUAUAUUGGAAGCGGUGGAUCUGCGUGUUGAACAACUGGCAGAAUCAUUUCGCCAGCAAGGAACAGAUGCAAAAGCAAGGUUCACGUGGUAUGCACACAGCUUGUACAACUUUUGGUACAGCCCAGAACGAACCGCAGACGACGCUGAAUGUUGGGAAGCCCAUGAUUUUGAGCUUGACGACACUGAGCUGGAGAUUGAUAAGACAGCGUUGAAACUUGGUCCCUUCAGUCUGACAGAGGACCAGGAAUUGUUAGAAAGGCCUGUGAAGCUCGUCGCAUAUGCCCUUAACCAGCAGCCUGAAGAUCCCAAGGACGAAUAUAUCCGUUUGUGGUGCUUGAAUAAGCUCCACAAUAAGAGAAAGUCGUUCCCUUUGGAAACCUCACCUUACCUAUCGCCCGAGCAACAACAAAGGUUCAAAGCCCUGUCCAAAGGGCUGCCUGAAUCAGAUGUCCAACGCUGGAGUUCAUUAGCUGAACUUGAGACACACAAACGAUUGUUUGAGUGUUGCUGCGACGCAUGCCACUCCCUUAUUACUGAUGUAUAUCACCGUUGUAUAGACUGCGAUGAUGACGGGUAUGAUUUGUGUUCAGAAUGCCAAUCUCUACCAAUUUCAAAACACAAAUAUCCAUCGGACCACAAGGCGACGCACAACUUGCUUGUUUUCCGCAUGGUGCUCCCUUAUAGUCGCUGCAGCCGGGUUCGGUGGCAUGCCAGGAAUUUCUUAUCUGAUAUUCUGCCCACCACAACACCACCGGAAGACGUAUGCCAAACGCAAUCAGACGGACCUGAACUUCCGCAUCCGACAGCAGCCACUCGAGCAGAUGAUUCUUUCGCAUCUGUUGAUUUGCGGGGAGUAGCAUUCGAGAGGAUACUUGGAACCUCAGCCGCGAACGAGGAUGCCUAUUCUUGUGCUGAAUGCGACGUCAAGAUGAAGGGCACUUUUUAUGUAUGCUUUAACUGCGGAGAAAGCCAUUUCCCCAUUGCCCUAUGCGGCGAUUGUGCAUUUCACGAUGUGUUCAACGUGGCCACAGAUCACCACCCUUACAAACACUGGCUGGUCAAGAUUAAAAGACCGAUCGAACCUUUGGCUAACGUGGACGAGACUACUUCGCUUUCCUUACGAGUCGAUAAGCUGGCUGCGAUGGUGGAAUCUCGCUUCGUGGGACAAGAUCUCCGACUUAGUGCACUUGUGAAACAGGUUGAACAGCUCGUGCAUAGCAUAGCUGCGUUGACGGGAAAAGCAGAGCUUCCUUCUGAAUCCGUCACUGUUUGAUUGGCUCAUAAUUUGACAGACUGUUGUAUUUGAUUCUCGCUGUCUCCGUAACCUUGUACUAGUAUAUAUCGAUCAGUACAGAAUUGCUAUGUCCUUCGUGCGAGCGUGCCGCUGUACCCGCUCAACUA